GUCUCAAAAAAGAAAAAAAAAAUUAAAUUUCAAGUAUGCUCCUUAUUUCAAGAAUUGCAGUUAAACAUGUUUACAUUCACUUUAACUAUGGUUUUAUCCUUGGCUAUGUUUUUUCUAGACCAUAGAGUCAUUUAUAUGCAGGAUUGCAGCUUCACAGAGGGGCGGAGCCCAUGGCUCUGUUGUUUGAAACUGUACCCCCAAUUUCAAGGAAAGGGUGGACCCCCAAUAAAUAUUUGAUUAAUAACUUAAAUUUAGACUAGACUAAUAUGAAUAUUGUCCUUUCAAUUCAGUUGUUUUUGUUGGUUUUUGUUGUCAUUAUACCAGCUGUCUCUUAAGGUUCAAUGAAUGAAACUGCUGAGUUUUAAAGUAAAAGACACCAAGAUUUUUCUUCUUUGUUGGGAGAAUGUUUCAUAAAUUAUGUUGUGCUUUGUAUCCAUGACUCCUGAGAACAUUGCAGUGAGCUUCUAGAAUCUUGUACUCUGUAGGUAUUGAGCUUUCCCAAAUCACAUUAUCACCUACAACUCACCUGAUUGGAACUCGUGUCUGUAAACUAUGGCUGAGUCAUUUCCUCUUUCAGUCUCACCUUUGAAACUUCCUAUUUGUGCUGUCCUUUCAUCAUUCCUGUUCAUCUCUCCUCUGUGCCCAUAGAUUCUCCCAGUUUCUAUCUACUGCUGAUUAUCUUCAAGAAUGUCUGUAAAUGCCAUCAAUUUAGAAUUUUAGGUGGUUUUGCUUUCCUAUUAGCUAAUCUUAGAAACUAUGUGCUUAUUCUAUUUUUGACCAAAGAAGGACUUAUCAUAUUUCAUAUGCAUGUGUUAAUGUCAGCAAAAGUACCUUAAGGAACUCCAGGCUUUUAAGUCAGGAGUAGAUAAAACUCAGAUGCCUUCUUACCACUUAUUCUAAUACCCGAUGUUCAAAGAGGUUUAACCCUGCAUUUGAGAAAUAUAUAGCUCUCCAUAAUUACUCACCCGAACAUACAAUUUUCUAUCUUGCUAACUAUGUACCUGGUAUCCUUCUACCAAAGAGCUCAAACCGGUUCACAAAUGCUAAUCUAAUCACCUUUUAUAUCAUUUGCAAAAGCUGUGACAAGUAUUUUUACCUCCAUAGUGAAGAGAGAAAACUGAUAGAGUUCUUGGUCACUUUAGCAAGUCCUUAAUAGAAUAGGAAGUAGUUCUCACUCUUACAUCAGUGAAUGUACCAGUAUAUAUGUAUUUGGAAAUAAAGUCUUCCUUCACUAUUCUGCCUCCUACUGUCCUAUGAUGAAUGGGUUCAAUAUUACUGCCUCUGGUUUCCAAAUCAUUUACAUGUUUGAAAUUAUUUUUAGAUAGUUUCAGGGUAAUUCAGUCACUUAGGGAAAUGACAUAGUGUUUACAUUUGUAAACAGAGACAGCAGAGAAAUAUUAGAACCCAGAGAAAGAGCUGACAUGUGUUCAAAAACCAAAGGAGGAGGCAUCUUUGACCUGCACCACGUUUUAACCUACCAACUAAGAUGAGUUUCCGGUUACAGCUGUCCCUUGCCAUAACUUUUGAACAAUAUUUGGAAAAAUACUGGCCAAGAGAAAAAAUGAUAAAAUUUUUCCUCAUGGUGAAUAAACAAGGGCAGACCCGACUCUCUAAGUACUAUGAACAUGUGGAUAUUAAUAAGCGUACACUCCUGGAAACAGAAGUCAUAAAGAGCUGUCUCUCUCGAUCCAAUGAGCAAUGCUCUUUCAUUGAGUAUAAGGAUUUUAAGCUGAUAUAUCGGCAGUAUGCAGCUCUCUUCAUUGUGGUUGGAGUGAACGACACUGAGAAUGAGAUGGCUAUUUAUGAAUUCAUCCAUAACUUCGUGGAAGUUUUAGAUGAGUACUUCAGCCGAGUGAGUGAAUUGGAUAUAAUGUUUAACUUAGAUAAAGUACACAUCAUUUUGGAUGAGAUGGUGUUAAAUGGCUGCAUUGUGGAAACUAACCGGGCAAGAAUUCUUGCCCCUCUACUAAUUCUUGAUAAGAUGUCAGAAAGCUGAAAAGAAGGCUCUACCAGACAUCGAUUUCAAACACCAUGGAAUACAUCUCAACAUCUGUAGCCCAGAAGAAUCUGGAAGACCACAAUUGCAGAAUGGGGUAUCCUUCCAAAGACAUUAUAAAUAUGUGUUUUCCAUGUUCCUAAAUGGAAAACAAAACUGUAUUUAAAAAUAUGUACAAAGAAAAUUUUUCUCUAAACUGAGAAACAAGUUGUAUUUUCCAACUGUAAGUAUAUUUUUCCCAUUUUAAAUUUUGAAUACCUAAGGAACUCUUUUUGGUCUCUGCUUCCAAAUUAAAUCCAAGAAUAGCAGGAUGGUGGUAGGAAGCAAGUUUUCUGUCAGCCAAUAAAAUUUCAAAAUUGACUUAAACACA